AUGGUGCACAUUCUUGGUAUUAUGCUGCCAGAGAAGCAGCUGGUGAACUAUGCUUUGACCCAUUUCUAUGGAAUUGGACGCAAAACGGCGCAACGUCUCUGCGCUCGUAUCCAGAUCCAUGAAACAUGCAAAGUUCGUAAAUUAUCGUCAUCGCAAAUCACGGCCAUCACUGCCUUUCUGUCUUCGCCAUCAACCGCCCCAAUACUACCGCACCUUCCCCUUGCCAGCCCGGACUACGUCCCUCCGCACCCCUCCCAACCCGUACCGGCUCCAAUUCCCCCUACUACAACUGCAGAAUCAUCGGGCAAAAAGUUGUUGCCUGGAGACAGGCUUAGAACUAUCAAGAUCGAGUCCGACUUGCUGAGGGAAGUUCGGGAGAAUAUCGCGCAUCUGCGGAAUAUUGGCAGUUAUAUCGGGCGUCGACAUGCAAUGGGCUUGCCAGUGCGAGGCCAAAACACACAGACAAAUGCGAGGACGGCGAGGAAGCUCAACAGGAUCGACCGCUUCUCAUAG